AUGAAGAGUACUUAAAAAGAAAAGCCCAUUCAGGUGGUGAAGUACACUAAAGAAACAUAAAAAUUUGAAAUAACACAGGAGGCUAGAGAAUUUUUUCAAUAAUUGGAUGGAGACAUAGGUUUUGUUGUAGUUUGUGGGAAGUACAGAACAGGCAAAAGCUUCUUGUUAAAUAAGUUAUUGGAUGCAGGAGGAGAAGGAUUUAAAGUUGAUGCUGCAACUGACUCUUGCACCUAAGGUAUUUGGAUGUAUACGAAACCGAUCAUCAAUCCAAAGACUAAUCUAUAGAUCUAUUUCUUAGAUACCGAAGGAAGUGAGUCAAUUGAGAGAACCACAAACCAUGAUGCAAAAAUAUUUGCUUUAGCUAUUUUAAUGAGUUCUAUUUUUGUUUUCAAUUCAAGAGGCUGCAUAGAUGAAACAUCCAUUUCUCAAUUACAAUUAACAACGACAUUAGCAAAGAAUAUAUAGGUUUAGGAUUAGAAUAAGGAAUCUGUUAAUGAGUCAUAAAUCAAAUAUUUUACGCCUAAAUUUGUUUGGAUUUUAAGAGACUAUGUACUUGAAAUGAGAGAUUAGCAGCAAAGAGAAUUGACACCAAAAGAAUACAUGGAAAAUUGUCUAACAGAUGAGAGUUAAUAUAUUAAAUAGAAUGAAUAGAGCAAAAAAAUUAGAAAAUCAUUACUUAACUUUUUUAAGGAGAGACACUGCUUCCCAUUAAUCACUCCUGUCGAUGAUACUCAACUCAAAAAUGUUGAUUAAUUAGCUUUGAAUCAAUUAAGACCUGAAUUUUAAAAGACUUUGAUGAAAUUGAAGGAAUACCUUAUUAACAACUGUUCUCCAAAAUAAAUACAUUCUGAAAAUGUGAACGGGAGAAUGUUCUGUGCAAUGUUGGAUAAUUACAUAAGUGUAAUCAAUAGGGGAGGUGUUCCUAACAUUGAUACUGCAUGGGAUAGUAUUCUGAAGAAUGAAUGUGCUUAAGGAUAUGAAUAAGCAAAAAAAAACUAUUCCAAUAAUUACACUAAUUUCUUCAUUCAAAACAAAAAUACAAGAAAAUUAGAGGAGACUUUUUAAGUUUUAUCAUAAAUUCGAAGUGAAUGCUUUGAUACAUUUCAUCUUAUUGCAGGAGUAAGGGAAAUGAACAAGCAUUAUGAAGAUUACAAAUAAAAACUCAUAGAUUUAAUGAAUAAAACUGAAAGUGAGAUUUUAAAUUAAAAUGACGAAAUUCAUCAAUCAAAAAACCAAGAGAUCAUAGCGUAAGAAACCAAGAAGGUUUAGGAUGAUGUGGAAAAGGAGAAUUACACUUAUGAUGAUUUACAUUUUUUUUCAUCUGAUUUCGUAGGGUUUAUAUUGAAUUAUGAUAAAUAAGCAUCUGGUGUUAGGAAGGCAAGUACACUUUACGAUUAUUUAAAAUUAACUCAUUCAAAUCUAUUAAAAAAAUUAGAGAAAUCAAUAAGGCAAAAAUAGAAUAAGAAGGGAGGAACUCAGACUAACAUUAAUUAAGAAUUAGCAUAGGAGAUUCGAGACUACGAUUCUUAAUAUAAAUUAUUAGAAUAGAAUAUUACCUAAUAAGAUACCUAAUUGAAGAAGUUGGAAGUUGAGAAACAAAAAUUGGAUGAAGAAAAAAAGAAAUUAAAAGAUGAAUUAGAGAAGCUUCAAAUUAGCAACAAGUAACAAGGACCUAGCCAAAUUAACAAUGCUGAAAAAUAAAAAUUGGAUGAUGAUAUAAAGAAGUAGGAAAAGGAUAAGCAGGAACUAAGUUUAAGACUAAAAAAUCUUACAAAAAAAAAGAAGGGCUGUUGUGGAUGA